GGCUGCGAUUUCCGUUCCUUCUGUGCGGCUUUCCGGCUUCUUCUCUGACGUUGGCCGCUUUUGAGUGGCGAGCUCGUCCGACCGCAGUUAUGACUGAGGCUGAUGUAAAUCCGAAGGCCUAUCCCCUCGCAGAUGCUCAUCUCACCAAGAAACUAUUGGACCUUGUUCAGCAGUCAUGUAACUACAAGCAGCUUCGGAAAGGAGCCAAUGAGGCCACCAAAACCCUCAACAGGGGCAUCUCUGAGUUCAUCGUGAUGGCAGCAGAUGCCGAACCCUUGGAGAUCAUUCUGCACCUCCCGCUGUUGUGUGAAGACAAGAAUGUGCCCUACGUGUUUGUGCGUUCUAAGCAGGCCCUGGGGCGGGCCUGUGGGGUCUCCAGGCCUGUCAUUGCCUGUUCUGUCACCAUCAAAGAAGGCUCUCAGCUGAAGCAGCAGAUCCAGUCCAUUCAGCAGUCUAUUGAAAGGCUCUUGGUCUAAGCCUGUGGCCUCUUGCCUGUUCCCCACCCUCCCACUGAGGAAGGACAGAGCUGAUAACAUCUUUGACAGUAGAGCCUCCUCUGAAUGGACAAUCUGCUUGGUGACACUGACUCUGGAUAACAACUCCUGUACCCCUCCCAAAACAAGGACUGAAAUAAUGGCCCACAGACAACACCUGGGACUGUCCAACUAUGCAUAGCUCUUUCCCUGCUUCCAGUCCUUUUUCUAUUUAAAUUUAUAGCUCAUGUCUGUACCAUGAAGAUGGACUGAGUGCUUACUCUGCUUCUUCCCCACAGUGUGUCCUAGGCCAUAUAAUAAAUCUCUUU